AUGAAAGCGAAUUUCAUAAUUCUCAUUCUUGUCAAUCUUUUCAAUGUCUACACUUCGGUACUCCAUUGCCCGCUGGGCUUGUCGACUGAUGGAGAAACGCCGAUGAACACCGUGGACACGUGUGCAUGUUGUUAUAAAGAGGCCGUACAAAUGACCUCUUCGGUGAGCGUUCUCUACAAUUGUCUUCAGGAAAAAGACUGUGAUUCAAUUCUAAAAAAACGGGAAAACACGGUUUGCUCAAAGAAGACGAAGAAAUUCGAGGUUUUUGGCAAAGAAAUCACCCGAGACACCGAGGAAUGUUAUAGUAAAAAUGAGAAAUUUCAC